AACAUUACUAAUUACCUAAAUAAUGCUGCCUGGAGUUGGUGUUUUCGGUACGGGUGCAAUAACCAAAGUUUUGGUGCCCAUUUUACGUGAGAAAGGCUUCGAGAUAAAAGCUAUCUGGGGUCGUACGUUGCGUGAAAGUGAGGAGGUGGCCACCUCCCUAAAUAUCUCAUUCUACACAAACAAAAUCGAUGAUGUUCUGCUGCGAAAGGAUGUUGAUCUGGUGUUCAUUGUGUGUCAACCAUAUUUGCAUGCCGAAAUUUCGGUAAAGGCCUUGGGCAUUGGAAAACACGUUGUUUGCGACAAACCGAUGGGCCUCAACCAAUCCGAUGCCAUGAAAAUGGUACGUGCCUCGCAAUAUUACCCCACUUUGAUAUCCUUGGUAAAUCAUUCCCUGCGUUUUUUGCCUGCAUUUACUCACAUGAAACGUUGCCUUAACGAGGGAUUGAUUGGUCCUCUCAAUGAAAUAUCCUUGGUGGAUGUUAGAGUGCAAUUGGGAAGUCUGUUCCCUGAGAAAUUCGAUUGGAUGUGUGAUGCAGCUAUGGGUGGUGGGGCUUUGAACUUGGUCGGCAGUCAUGUUGUCGACUUGGUCAGUUUUCUGAUACAUCAACAUGCUGUACGUGUACAUGGAGUUGUUAAGGCCUACACGAAGACAACCAACAAUGUCAAUGGCAUACGUCAAAUAUCUGCUCCGGACUUUUGCAACUUUCAAAUGGAACUCGCCAAUGGCACACUUAUCACCACAUCAAUACAUAGUCACACAGUCCCGGCAAAAACAUUCUCACAAGAAGUUCUUAUUUGUGGUUCGCAGGGUCAUCUAGUUGUUAGAGGUGGCGAUUUAUUCAUAUUCAAAAAUAAAACAGAUUCAUCGCAGACCGCAAAGGAAGAAGCGGUCUACGUAGAUGUACAAGAUUUGCAUAUUGCCACAUCAGACUCGUUGCUACCACGUCUCUACAUCAAGGGCUUGUGCAAAAUGAUUGGUGCUCUUAAGGAAUCUUUUGCUGUGAAAGAAUCGUCAUGGGUUAAGGAACCAGUUCAGGCCGCCGCAACGUUUGAAGAUGGUCUCUAUGUUCAGGCCGUCUUAGAAGCUGUUCGCAAAUCAAGUGAAACAAAGUCAUGGCAAAGAGUGCAAAUCACUUCGGAUACACCAUCGAAUCAUGAUCAAAUGAUGCGUGUUGCUCGUAUGUCUACAAUGUAA